AUGCCUAGGCAGAUACUGGCAGGAUUUAUAACUUCAACUAAUGAUUACGAUCAGGAAAUCUAUAGUUGUGUGGUUGGUCCAUUCAAAGAGGGUGAGCAUCUAUUUGAGAUGGAAACAGAUUGUAUUGAUUUGACUAAGAUCCCUAUUUCAACCCUGUUUGGAUUGACAACAAUUUUGGUUUCAUGUAAAUACAAUGGGGAGCAAUUCUUGCGUAUUGGAUAUCUCGUUGAUGUGAGAUAUCCAGGAAUCAAAACAGAAUGUUUGACUGAUGAAAUGGGAACUUCUGAUGAUGAAGGGUCCAUUGAAAUUCUGGAAGAUGAGGAAUUGGAAGAUGAUGAUGAGGAAGAAGAAGGGGAAAAAGAAGAUGGAACUGAUGAAGAUCUUGUUGACAGUGGAGAAGAUAUCAAUGUAGAGGUUGAGGAGGAUCUCGAUGCUGAAGAGCCUAAAGUUGCAGAGAAAGAAUUAACAGAUGAUAUUAUUAGCAAAGAAAAUAUCAUAAACAUUCCACUUGAAACCCCGAUCAAGUUUGAUGUUGAUGAGUUUGAAUAUAAAGGACAUCUUUUACUUAAAAGCAAAAUUGAGUUUGUUCUUCAUGAACAACCCAUUAUUCAGGCCUUUGGAUUGAGUGGUGAUGAAGAUGAGAGUGAGAAAUUUGAAGAUUCCACAUCACAAGAGUGUGUCAAAAAGGCUUGCUUGGAUUAA